UAUAUGUGUGUGAGUGUGUAAGUGCGCACGCAGAGACCCAGGCAGCCGCUCGCAGCACUCGGGAGCCGCGCUCUCCCCGGCUCUAUCCGCGAUCAGUGCCGUACCGGAUCGCUGCUACGCCCGACUGCGGCACUUACUCUCGUCCGCCCGGGCUCAGCGCACGGCCACCGGCCCGAAUGGCGAAGAACACGCUGUCGUCGCGGUUUCGCAGGGUGGACAUCGACGAGUACGACGAAAACAAAUUCGUGGACGAUCAGGAUGAGGCGGCGGAGCACCUCGGACCGGACUCCGCCGAGGUGGACAACCUGAUCAGGAAUGGGGACAUGAUGACCGCCUUCCACAUCGCCCUGAGGAACCCUCCAAUCAAUACGAAGAACCCGGCUGUUAAGGAGCGCGCCCAGGCCAUUGUGCUGAAGGUGCUGACAUCAUUCAGGGCUGGUGACAUUGAGCAGGCCGUCCGCUCGCUGGACAGGAAUGGCGUGGACCUGCUCAUGAAGUACAUCUACAGGGGCUUCGAGAAGCCCUCCGACAACAGCAGCGCCAUCCUGCUGCAGUGGCAUGAGAAGGCCUUUGCAGUUGGCGGCUUAGGAUCCAUCGUCCGGGUUCUCACCUCCAGGAAGACCGUCUGAAGGACUCUUUUGAGAGGCACAAAGAACAGACGCGUGCAAACACACACCGCGUCCUCCGGGGGGCGACACAUGUCUAUUGGACAGAGGAGAGUUUGAAUAUAAAACUGUUUUUAGAAAAGGAGAGUAUCAUUUUGUGAAUGGGAGCCUCCCCGCCAAUGCUUCUUGCCCGUGGCGGAUGUGGUGUCGGACGCUGCUGUUGGCCACAUUGGCGCUAGCGCCAGCUCUCUCUCCUGCGCCCUGCCUGCCUUCGUUUGUUUCUGUUUUGUGCUUUCGGAGUGGAAAAUGCGAGCAUUUGCGCCAUGGGGAAUGGUGACGGAUCUGCGGGGUUUCCAGGACUUGGCGCUGUCCCUUGGAAUCAAUUUUGGAUUUUCUUCGUUUGUUUUCUCCUUGUUCCUCAUCAUCAUCAUCCUUAUCAUCAGUAUGUUUGUACAGAGGUGCGCUUGGUUAAAUGCUAACAGCCGUGUGUAAUUGUGUCUGGUUGGGGGGCUUUGCCAGGAGUCCUCCAGCUUUAACACUAACGGCUGCCCCCCCCACCCCCAGCACUUGUUCUGCAAUAUGUGACAUCACUUUAGGCGGGGGGGCAGGGCCAGAAUGAAGACCAGGUCCUGAGCUACCCCCACCCAGUAAGGUGUUAGCUCCAAUAAAUCUUACUGAUGAUUCUC